UGGGAUAUCCGAGUGCAAUUUACCGGCAAAAGUCGCAAUGAAGGAAGAUCAUAAUCUACGCAAAAUAAGUGGUGAAAAAUGUUCAACGAAACAUCUGUUCAGAUAUGUAUGACCGUAACUAGGUGCUGGAAUAGCAGAUAUACGUGAUAGAGUAAGCAGAGGGCCAUAGCAGUUGUUGUAUGCUUGUUUCUGUGGAUUUUUCGUCCGUGUGGUAGAAGAAGAGAGUUUUGUCCACCAUGUUUGCGAUCGUGACAAUUAUUGUGCUGAUCGUUUCAGCUAACGGACAGAAUUGUGGUGAGUCCCUCAGCGGUCCUUCAGGGACUUUCGCAACCCCGAACUACCCUAACAAUAACUACCCUCACAACUCCAACUGCCAAUGGGACAUCACGGUCGCAUCCGGGGCCAAAGUGUUGCUGCAGUUCAACGACUUCGCGCUAGAGGGCCCGUCAGUUGUCCAUGGAGACUGCGUGGAUUUCGUCGAAAUCUACGACCUGUUCGCCCCAAACUUCCUUGUUGGUAAGUGGUGUGGGGAUGACAAACCUCCGCUCUACCUGUCGGCGUCCAACAGCCUGAUAGUGAGAUUCAAGUCCGACUGGCUCUUCAAAUACCCCGGCUUCCAAGCCUCUUGGAGUACCUUCGGCGGUACGACCGGUACCAGCACCACCACUACGGCUGUGGACUGCGGCAGCCCGGCGAUCAGCCCUUCUCUGGCGCGGGUGGUGGGGGGAACCACUACUGUCCCCAACAGCUGGCCAUGGAUGGCAUCUCUUGCCAAGCAUGGUGCGCAUGCGUGUGGUGGGUCCCUCAUCGCUCCAGGCUGGAUCCUUACGGCUGCGCACUGCUUCGAUGGGGCUUCCUACCCGUCACAAUGGACCGUUCGACUCGGCAGCCACAACCGAGAGUCCACCGACCCUCACCAACAGAACAUCGGCAUACAGAGGAUUGUCGUCCACGAGGGUUACAACGGCGCCAGCAGCAGUGACAACGACAUCGCCCUGCUGAAACUCAACCAUGACGCGACCGUCAACAAUUACGUCAGCCCUGUGUGCGUGGCGCCGGGAGAGUUCCCCAGUCAGACGACCUGCUACGUCACAGGAUGGGGCGACACAAAUGGUGUGAACUUCCAGAUUGUCAUGGCUGCCCAGCUCCAGCAGGGCGAGGUGGAGAUUAUCGACUGGAACACGUGUAACCUGGCCAGCUGGUACGCAGGCGCCGUCACGUCCAACAUGCUGUGUGCGGGCUGGCCCAUGGGGGGAACCGACGCCUGCCAGAACGACUCCGGCGGCCCGCUGGUGUGUAAGAGCGGCAGGAAGUGGUACCAGGCCGGGGUGGUCAGCUGGGGGUACGGCUGCGCACAGCCCAACAAACCCGGCGUCUACACUGACGUCAUGAAGUACCAGAACUGGAUACAAACCAAGAUGGCGCAGUACCCUUAGACGCGAGCAUGCGCACUGCCGAUACAAGAAAAGCCCGGAUGUACACUGCACGAAAUUCUACCUAUAAGCAUACCUUUAACAUGCAUAAACGCAUGUACGGCUUUUAGGAUUGUAAUCAAAGAUGUGAAUAAAAAAAUUAAAACA